AUGCUGCGUCGGCUCAACGUCUGCGCCACCUCCCGCACUCUCGGCAUGGCGGCGGGGCUUAGCAUCUCGAUUGCGGGAAGGUGCUUUCAGCAGCCACGGCCGCGCGGUUGCCCUGCUUUGAAAGAGACAUCGCUGAUGGCUCCGCCGACUAUCCGUCUCUCACGGCGCGAGUUCUCCCUGCAGCCGCUGCGGCGCAUGCGCGGUGUAAAGUGGGUCAAGCCGGUCACCUCGCCGAUGAGCUACGGCGGUGAGAACACCGGGGGUGGAAACACCGCCGACAGUUUGACGCCGUACGUCCGACAGCACCUUUCGAAGGUUUACGGGCUUCUUGCCGCCGGCUCCGCCGUGGCCGGCGUUGGCUCCUUGCUAAUGUUUGCCACGCCCCUAGGAAAGUCCAUGCCGUUCUGGCUGCCCAUGAUGGGUGGGUUUGUGCCGCUGCUGUGGCUCUCCUUUGCCCCACCGCGGGACCCGACGCUGAAGCUGGCCCUCUUCUUUUCCUUCACUCUGCUAGAGGGAAUGGCGCUGGCGCCGUUGGUGGCGAUGACGCUGGCUAAAGGUGUUCUUGGCACCGCCGUUGUCCUCACGGGGGCGGUGUUUUUCGGUUUCAGCGCCGCCGCCCUCUUAGCCCCCCGUGCCUCUCUGCUGGCGCUGCAGGGCCCACUCUUCGGGAUGCUAAUGGGCAUGGUGGCGAUUUCGAUCCUGAACCUCUUCUACCCAACUGCCUUUGCUCACUCCCUCAUUCUGUACGGCGGCCUCGCCCUCUUCUCCCUCUUCGUGUCGGUGGAUACGCAGGCCAUGAUUGAGCGGGCCCGCUGCGGGGCCGGCGACUACGUGCAGGACGCCUUGCAAAUGUUCCUGAACGUCGUCAACAUCUUUGUGCGCAUUGCCCAGAUACUUGGCUCCAUGGACCGGUAG